UUUUAUGAUAAAAUCCAACUUGGACGGAAUCGGAGGUGGACGCUUGGAGAAUUCGAUAUCGUCUUGGCAUUGGCUGGAUCGUCGGGACUCCUCCAUUUUCCGUAGCCGUCUCGCCGUGUCUCGUUUGGAAACGGUUCGAUAGUAACUGCAGUGUUGUGGCAUGGAACUUGGCCGGACAGGAGUUUGAAGGAGAGUAGUCCGACUCAUAAAUCCUCCAUCAAUCCAGCAGCUUUCCGUUCGAAAAAUAUGCCCGUGCUUCAAAAUAUGUGAAGUGUUUCGGUUCUGAGUCUCGAGUUUACCCUCGUCGCCCCGCCUGCGCCCUUCGGCGGUCUUCGCCUUCGAAUCUGCCGAGCACCUCUUUUCGACUCCCAGUUCGACGAAUUCUAUAAAAUGAUGUCCACUGACCCAUCUCUCGUACCUCCUGGAACUCUACCCACUACAUUCAUCCCGACCACUUCUGCCGGAAAUGUUGGAUACAUGGUGAUGUCUUAUCCUGGUAGGCCUCCUAUGGUCCCUGGAAUUCCUAUGCCCCCUACAAUGGGCAUGCCCUACAUGCCUUUGGGAGCACCUCCUCCUUUGAUGCCAGGAGUGAUGUCGAUGGGGCCUAUGAUGGGGGGUCCCCCUUUGCCACCUAUGCCGGGGCCGCCUCCUGUUAGGACAUAUAGGCCACAACAUGUCACUACACCGGCGACGGUUUCUGCAAGACCCAAGGUGGCACCACCCGUGAGGUAUCUUCCUCCACAGCCUGAUGGGCCGGUGGUGACAGUCUUUGUCGGUAAUAUUACUGAAAAAGCUCCCGAUCAGAUGAUUCGAUUUAUUUUGUCUGCUUGCGGUCAUGUAACAUCUUGGAAACGAGUGCAAGCUUUUGGAUUUUGUGAAUUUGGUAAUCCUGAUGCUGGUCUGAGGGCAAUAAGAAUUCUUCAUGAUUACGAUAUCGGUGGCAAAAAACUAGUCGUCAAAGUGGAUGCAAAAACAAAAACAGUUCUAGAUGAAUAUAAAAAUGAAAAAAGAAAAAAAGCUGGUAGCAGUUCUCCAUUACAGGAUGAAACGACCGAUGAGGAUGACUAUAUGGAUGAUGAAAUGAAACAAUCUGAUAAAGCUGCUCUAGAAAGGAUUUCAAUGAUUCUUUCAGAUUAUGAGUCUGAGAUGAAAAAUUAUGUACCCCCUCAGUCAGAUGACCAAAAGUCAUCUUCUGAUAUCAAACUCCCAGUUCAGCCUCCUACUAUACGACAGGAUACAACACCUGUGGAUUUGACAGACGCUAAUAUUGAAGAUGACAGGAGGGAUUUAAUUACAAGAGAAAUUGGGAAAUUCAGGGAAAUCAUGAAGAAACAAGAGGAAGAGAAAGAAGUAGAAAGGAAAAAACGAGAAGAAAAAGAAAGGCAGAGGCGAGAUCGUUCUCCGAGUACUAUUAGCAGGGAUCGUGGCAAGUCCCAUGACCGGUCGGUGACACCUGACAGGCGCCAUCAUAAAUCCAGUCGCCACAGAUCAAAAUCCAGGGAAUUGGAAAGAGACAGAGAAAGAGAGAGGGAAAAGGAAAGGGAUCGUGACCGUGAAAUUGAAAGAAGCCGAGACCGGGAAAGGGAACGUGAAAGGGACAGAGAAAGGGAAAAGGAAAGGGAGGCGAAAUCCGAGAAAGAAAUAUUAAGGGAAAAAGAAGAGGAAGAAGAAGCUAAAGAAAGAAAGAAACAAGAAAGAAAAGCUAGAGAAAAAGAGGCUGCGUAUCAAGAAAGACUCAGGGCUUGGGAAAGCCGAGAGAGGCAUAAAGUCAAGGAGGGCCUCAAAGAGAAAGAAAAAAGGCGGUUGAAAGAUGAAGAAAGGGAAACAGAAGCAAAAAGGCUCAAAGAAUUCUUGGAAGAUUACGAUGAUGAGAGAGAUGAUAUAAAAUAUUACAAAGGGAGAGAAUUAGCUAGAAGACUGGAAGAAAGAGAGAAAGAAAUGGAGUUGGAUGCUAAGGAUAGACAAAAGGAAAAAGAAGAAUUAGCAGAGCUCAAAGCAAAAAUAUUUUCUGGAGACAGUGAAGACCCUAACGCUGAAUUUGCUAAGGCCCUAAAAGCAAGAGAAGAAAUGUAUAAGCCUAAAAUCUUGAUUAACGUCAAUGAAGAGCAAAACAAGAUUUUAGCAAAAGAGGAAAAGGAGAAAGAAAAACUAAAAGAAAGAGAGAAAGAGCGAGAGAAAGAACUAGAGAGAGAGAAGCGUGAGCGGGAACGGGAAAGAGAAAGGGAGAGAGAGAAAGUUGAACAAGAGUGGGCUGAGGAUAGACGGCACGCUCAAAUGACAGAAAUGAAAAAGCAUCACGAAAAGCAAAUUGAAAGGGGGGACAUUUCUAGUCCUGAUAGCCGCCAUUCUGAUGCCCCACCAGAACCGAUAGACCAAAUGACCCCAGAAACUAAUCAUGAUUCAAAACAUUAUAACAAAGGGCCCAGUUCUCCACCUAGUAGUGACAAAAAGAGAAAGAAAUUAGAUGUAAAAGAAGUUUUUAACAAUGAUGAAGAUGAAGAAAAUAAUCUCGGCCACAAGAAGAGAAAGCUUGUUCCUUUAGAUUACGGUGACGAAAAGAAGAAAGUCAAAGAACAAGAAAAGAAGGAGGAACAGGCUAAAUCUCAAGAAGAAAAGAGAAAGCACAUUAAAUCCCUGAUAGAUAGGAUACCUACUGACAAGAGCGCUCUUUUUUCUUAUCAUUUGGACUGGGCUGCAGUAGAUAAUCAACUAAUGGAGAGGAGGAUACGACCUUGGAUAAACAAAAAAAUUAUCGAAUACAUUGGCGAACCUGAGCCAACGCUUGUGGAUUUCAUAUGCUCUAAAGUCAUGGCUGGCAGCGCCCCACAAGGGAUUCUGGACGAUGUUCAGAUGGUCCUUGACGAAGAGGCUGAAGUGUUUGUCGUUAAAAUGUGGAGACUUUUAAUUUAUGAAAUCGAAGCAAAAAAACUCGGAUUAGUGAAGUGAUCAGACUUGUAUAUAAAAUGUUAAAUGUAUUAAAUACAAAAAUAAUGAUUGGAUAGGAUAAAUUUUAAAUUACAAAAAAAGACAAAAUGGUUAGUACAUUUUUAUUUAAUUGACUUCUCAGAUCUACAUAAAUUUGUAGACUAUAUUAAGCAGUUAAGACUUGUAAUAAAAUUAAUCUUAUUGUUAUGCUUGUUUCCCUUUAUUUAGAGAACUGUAAAUAAUUUAUGUAAUAUAUAUAUUUAUAUAUAAUCAGAAAAUAGCUUGUUGACAAUUGAACUUUUAUUCACCUGUGACAAAAGGUUUGUAUUUUCAUAUGAAGUCGAGGACAUUACUGUUGUGUUUGCAAUGUUCAAAAAUAUGAAAUAUGAUUGUCAUCAAUUUACUUAUUGAUAGAAUUCAAUAAGAUUAAAACAAAGAUCAUGUAACA